AUGUCAGAUUCAAGCACUGAUGAGAGUUUACCAGACCUUACCGCGUUUAUCCAGACGGAUCCGUAUAUAAGACACUAUGAGGGAGAGCUGCGCAGAAGAUACAAGCGGUUUGCUGAGUGUCUGGCACAGUUGGAGGAGGCAGAAGGGGCCUUUGAUUACUUCACAUUGAGCUACCGGUCCUUCGGAAUUCAGCGGCGAUCCGACAACGGUCUGGUCCUUAGGGAAUGGGCACCGGGAGCGGAGGCCGUCUUCCUGACUGGGGAUUUCAAUUCCUGGGAAAAACAGUCUCACCCUUUCACGCAGAAAGAAUAUGGGAAAUGGGAACUAUACCUCUCUCCAAAAAUGGACAAAUCUGCCAUCAAGCACCUGACCAAACUCAAGCUUGUGGUCCUGACUAAAACAGGCGAAUGUCUGUUUCGGAUCUCUCCAUGGGCCAAACAUGUCACAAAAACACUAGAUUCUGUCACCUAUGACUGGACUCACUGGGACCCUCCACAGCCAUACCAGUUCCAGCACCCCAGACCCCCACGGCCCAGCAGCCUUCGUAUCUAUGAGGCCCAUGUAGGCAUCAGUUCGCCUGAGGAAAAAAUUGCCUCGUACAGAAACUUCACCAGAGAUGUGCUUCCUCGUAUUAAGGAUCUUGGAUACAACUGUGUCCAGCUCAUGGCAAUUAUGGAACACGCCUACUAUGCAAGCUUUGGCUAUCAGGUCACUAACUUCUUUGCAGCUUCCAGCCGCUUCGGCACUCCUGGUGAUCUGAAGCAUCUGGUUGAUACCGCACACUCCAUGGGCAUCACGGUUCUUCUGGACAUGGUCCACAGUCACGCCUCAAGCAACACAGAAGAUGGGCUGAACUACUUCGACGGGACCGACUCCUGCUUCUUUCACGGAGGCUCCAGAGGAAACCACUCGCUCUGGGGCAGUCGACUCUUCAAUUACUCCAGCUGGGAGGUGGUGCGGUUCCUCCUCUCAAACCUGCGCUGGUGGAUGGAGGAGUAUCACUUUGAUGGCUUCAGGUUUGAUGCUGUGACUUCAAUGCUGUACCACCAUCAUGGCAUCGGCACGUCGUUUUCGGGGAACUACAGCGAGUACUUCGGGAUACAUGUGGAUGAAGAUGCACUUGUCUAUCUGAUGCUGGCCAAUCACAUUCUCCACAAGCUCUACCCACAAUGCAUCACUGUAGCAGAGGAUGUAUCAGGGAUGCCAGGCCUGUGCAGGUCCAUUGAAGAGGGAGGACUGGGCUUUGAUUAUCGUCUGACCAUGGCCGUGCCAGACAAAUGGAUCCAGGUCCUGAAGGAAGUUCGGGAUGAGGACUGGGAUUUGGAGAACAUUGUUCACACCCUGACCAACAGAAGGAGAGGGGAAGCAUCUAUUACCUAUGCUGAGAGCCAUGACCAAGCCUUGGUUGGGGACAAAUCAUUGGCAUUCUGGCUGAUGGACAAAGAGAUGUACACCAACAUGAGCGCUCUUAUUGCCAUGACGCCUGUUAUAGACCGCGGCAUCCAGCUGCAUAAACUCAUCCGUCUCCUCACUCACAGUCUAGGAGGGGAGGGCUACCUUAACUUCAUGGGUAACGAGUUUGGCCAUCCGGAAUGGCUUGACUUUCCCAGGAAAGGAAACAACGAGAGCUACUAUUAUGCCCGUCGCCAGUUCAACCUUGUGGACAUUGAGCAUCUGCGAUACCGACAACUAUACUCUUUCGACCGUGACAUGAAUCUUACAGAAGACAAAUACGGCUGGCUGGCUGCCGGUCAGAUCAAAUUGAACUCGGACAAGCUUCAGUAUGGGGGUCACGGGAGGCUUGUGCAGGACACAGUGUUUUUCACGGAGCCCAUGCCUUUCAAUGGCCGAGCCCAGUCAUUUCUGAUCUACAUUCCUUGCAGAACUGCUCUGAUCCUGGCAAAUGAGGACACUGAUUUCAGACAUUGA